AAAGUAUUAUUAUUCCCUAAGAGAUUAAUUCUAUUAAAUAAAUCUUUAGGUGAGUGAUAAGAGUUUGCGUCUCCCUGAGUCACUUUAUAAUGUUCCGCCUAAAUUUACUCUCUCUGAAUUUCGAGUCUACGUUUUUCCAAUACUAGCAUCUCUGGCGUCAUAUCAUGCACAUUUGGAACCUUAUUUACAACAGAGUCUAAUAAAAUGUUUAGAGGUUGGUUUGACAGCAAAGUGCGCAAGUCAAUGUGUAACCAGUCUUACAAUCUGCACAUUAGAAAUGCGUGACGCAAUGAAUAAACUUUUGUCUGAAGUAUUGUUAAAUUUAUCCAAAAUUUCUGCAACCGUCUAUAUUGCUAUACCUAUUAUAGAAUUUUUAUCAACGUUAACUAGACUUCCGAAAGUUUUUGCCAGCUUUAUUGGAGAUCAGUAUAUGUCUGUAUUUGCAAUAUUAUUGCCGUAUACUAACCCUUUUAAAUAUAAUCAUUAUACUGUCUCUCUAGCUUACCAUGUAAUUGCAGUAUGGUUUUUAAAAUGCAGACUUCCCUUUCGGAGAGAUUUUGUUAAAUUUAUUACUACAGGAUUGAAAGCAAAUGUGAUCAUUCCUCUUGAAGAAGGACAUUUAAUGAAAUCUGAUUUUAGUGUCAUUAAUGAAGAUUCCUCGAAUAGAAAACGUAGUUCCAGUUUGACUGAACAAGUAGGAAUAAAAAUCUAUGAUAAUUAUAUUUAUCAAAAUGUUUUUUAAUAAUGUGCGUGCGUGCCUGCACGCGUAUUAAAAUUAUGUGUGUGAAUUUCUUAGAAUUUCUUAUAUGCAUGUGCAUGCCUAUCUUUUUCUUCAUACUUAUGUAAU